AGUUUAUGGCGAGAGGAUUCGAGCUUCCUCGGCACAAUUAAAGUAUCCACGGCAGAAGCUAAUCUGGACAUAUCCCAGCUCCUGGGACUGGUCACAGCCUGCAGGGCUGUGUGUGCCGGUACUGCCAUCGAGGAGGCAGUGCUAGCUCUGACGCGCAAUUGGGUAUGGUCGCGGUGUCAGUUUCACAGGAUCCGAUAAUAGCCCCGAGCUCGCAACCUCCCCUUGGCCGACACUACAGUUUUUCCUGCCGUUCUGCUCAGCGGCGAGUUGUAAACAGGUUUGAAGAUGUACUGGUUGCUGAAGCAAAGGAACCAAGCACUGAGCUUGUACCGGCGGUAUGGCCAUCCUCGAUACCAACAUCACAAAGCAGUCUUGGCAUUGCGGAGGGAGGACAUAAAUGCCUGGGAGAGACGAGCACCCUUGGCUCCAAAACACAUCAAGGAGCUGACCGGUGCAGGGUACAAGGUCUUGGUCCAACCGUCCAACAGAAGAGCCAUCCAUGAAAAGCAUUAUCAGCAAGCAGGAGCUAUUAUUCAGGAAGACAUCUCUGAGGCUACAAUAAUUAUUGGAGUGAAGAGACCUCCAGUGGAAAAGCUGAUACCCAGGAAAACCUACGCUUUCUUUUCACACACAAUUAAAGCCCAGCAAGCAAACAUGUCCCUUCUUGAUGCCAUCAUUGAAAAGGAAAUUCGCCUUAUUGAUUAUGAGAAAAUGGUUGACAGUAAAGGAACCAGAGUUGUGGCAUUUGGUCAGUGGGCCGGGGUAGUAGGAAUGAUCAACAUUUUACAUGGUUUAGGAGUGCGAUUCCUUGCGUUAGGCCACCACACUCCCUUCAUGCACAUUGGCAUGGCCCACAAUUACCGGAACAGUGCCCAGGCAGUGCAAGCUGUGCGGGACUGCGGUUACGAGAUCGCACUGGGAUUAAUGCCAAAGUCCAUUGGACCUCUAACAUUUGUGUUCACGGGCACUGGUAAUGUCUCCAAGGGAGCUCAAGAAAUAUUUAAUGAACUUCCCUGUGAAUUUGUUGAGCCACACGAGCUGCGAGACGUUUUCAGUUCUGGAGAUCAAAAUAAGAUUUACUGCACAGUUCUUAGCCGUCAUCACCAUCUUGUCAGAAAGAGUGAUGGGAAGUAUGAUCCUGUGGAAUAUCAACACCACCCUGAGUUAUACACCUCGCGCUUCAAUACCGAUAUUGCCCCAUAUACCUCUUGUUUGGUGAAUGGUAUUUACUGGGAACCAGAUACACCUCGAUUACUUACCCGAUUGGAUGCCCAGAAUUUGUUAGCAUCUGCCAAAGAUUUAGACUCAACUAGUGAUGGUUGCCCAAGCUUACCGCACAGAUUUUUGGCAAUCUGUGACAUUUCUGCUGACACAGGUGGCUCUAUUGAGUUUAUGACCCAGUGCACCACCAUUGAUAUGCCAUUUUGUAUGUAUGAUGCAGAAAGGCAAACCAUUCAUGACAGCUUGGAAGGCAAAGGAAUCUUGAUGUGUUCAAUUGACAAUCUGCCUGCACAGCUUCCAAUAGAGGCUACAGAAUAUUUUGGAGACAAGCUUUGCCCAUAUUUAUGGGAGAUGCUGGCGUCAGAUGCUACACAGCCCUUUGAAAAAGAGAGUAGUUUCUCUCCAGUUGUCCGGAAUGCUGUAAUUGCGUCUAAUGGUUCUUUGACUCCGAAGUUCAAAUACAUACAGAAGCUGAGAGCAAACAGGGAGUCUGCUGAAAUCAGAACAAUGAGUCCAAAAGGGAGAGUGCUAUUGCUUGGAGCUGGGUAUGUGUCUGGGCCUGCCUUGCAGUAUUUCACUAAAGACACUGACAUUGAAAUGACUGUUGCUUCUAAUCUGAAAGACCAGUUGGACAAGCUGGUUGCAAACUACAACCACACCACUCCUGUUACACUCGAUGUGCAUAAGGAAAAUGGUAAACUCUCAGAACUGGUGCAGUCACAUGACAUUGUAAUCAGUUUACUACCCACUAGUUUUCAUCCGAUGGUGAUGAAGGAAUGCAUCAAACAUAAAGUGAACAUGGUGUUAGCAAGCUACCAGUCCCCUGAAAUGAAGGAAAUGCAUGAGAGUGCCCAGGAUGCCGGGAUUACUAUUUUAACUGAGAUUGGUCUGGAUCCCGGGAUUGACCACAUGCUGGCAAUGAGUCGUUUCGAUGAAGCAAAGGAGCAAGGAUCAACAGUGGAAUCAUACGUAUCUUUCUGUGGGGGUGUCCCUGCCCCUGAAUGUUCUGAUAACCCUCUGGGAUACAAGUUCAGCUGGAGUCCAGCUGGAGCUUUAUUGAACACUAUCCGUCCUGCUGUUUUCUUAAAUGAUGGACAGGUCAUUGAAAUCCCAGCUGGAGGUGCUGUACUUGACCAUGCUCGUCCAAUGAAUUUCUUCCCAGGAUUCAAUCUAGAGGGUAUACCAAACAGAGACAGCAUCAAAUACGCCGAACUAUAUGGUAUCCAAUCAGCAAGAACUCUGUUACGAGGCUCUUUGAGAUACAGGGGAUAUGCAAAUGUAGUGAAAGGAUUUCACAAGAUGGGACUGAUUAAUCCUGAUCCAUUUCCACUGCUCAGUCCUGCAGCUCCUCCUAUAACCUGGAGAGAGCUCAUGUGCAAGCAGGUGGGAAUUCCAGCAUCCAGCAGUGUCCAAAGUCUCCAAGAAGCGGUAUACGAGAAGAUUGAAAGAGAUGACAACAGAAUGAAUGCAUUGAAAUGGCUCGGGCUUUUCGAAGAUGCUCCAGUAUUGAAAGGACAGAGUCUUGUGGAUUCUUUUGCAAGCUACAUUGAGCCCAAGCUUUCCUAUGCUCCUGAUGAAAGAGACCUGGUUGUCUUGCGAAAUGAUGUUGGUAUUAGACACCCCUCAGGCCAGCUGGAAACCAAGCAUGAUAGUCUGGUGGUCUAUGGUGAUGUUGAUGGCUUUUCAGCAAUGGCCAAAUGUGUUGGAUAUCCAUGUGCAAUUGCUGCUGAGAUGAUAUUAGAUGGUGAAAUUGCUACCAAAGGAGUGUUUGGCCCAAUGACCAAAGAUAUCUAUCAACCAAUCCUAGAUCGUAUCAAAACUGAGGGAAUUGUAACCACUUCAAGUACCACCUUUUCAUGAAAAGAAUUUUGCAACUAGGAUAUAAUAUUGUUUAACCACUAAUUUUAUUCUUCAGAAACACUUCAUGUUUUAAAACUGUAAAUUCGAGGUAACUGCUCUGAAAUAAGUGCUGCUGAUCUUUCUGGUUGAGGCCAUUAAUUUGCAGGUAUUUUCUACAGGUUCAUAAUGCUAGUUCAUAAUUUAGUUAAAGAAUCUGAUAAUUAUUGAUUGAACUUUAAUGAUUGAUGAAGAUUGUAAACUGCGGUUAUUUAGUUGGUAAUCUGAGAUGCCUUUGCAAAAGAUGUUUUGUUGUCAAUCUGCUUUUGGAGCUCUGUGAACAUAUUCUACAUUAAACUGCAGUUUCACUGUAAAUUACAAUUCA